UAACACGUGAUGUCACAAUGGGGGUCAAGGAUCUUUGGAAAAUAUUGGAGCCAUCAGGGAGAGCCAUAAACCCGGAGACUUUAAAAGGACAAAUAUUAGCAGUAGAUGUGAGUAUAUGGCUGAAUCAAGCUAUCAAAGGUGCCAGGGACCAUCACGGGAAUGAGAUACCCAAACCACACCUACUAGUACUGUUCAACAGGAUAUGCAAGUUGUUGUUUUACCAAAUACGACCAGUCUUUGUGUUCGAUGGCCCCCCGCCACCUUUAAAGACUAAAACACUGGAGUUAAGAAGAAGGAAGCGGAAAGAAGCAGGUAAGGCUGCCGGGGAACUAAUGGAUAAAAGAUCAAGGAAACUGUUGGAGGCUCAGGCUAUUAAAACAAUAACUGGAAAAGAACUAGAUAUACCCAGCUAUAUUAAAAAAACAAAUAUUGAAGAGGACAUGUUUUAUCUACCUGAAAAGGACAGUGCUUUAGUUAAUCAGUCAAUUGAAGAAAUCAGUGAGCACGAAGAUACAAAUUAUUUUGAUGAUCACUCUUACAGAGAUGAUGAUAACAUUGAUGUCAAUUCUGAAUCAUUUUCUUGCCUACCGCCCGAGAUACAGCAUGACCUCUUACUGGAGAAGAAAGAGAAAGAAAGAACAGCAAGAUGUGAUCCAAUGGCCUUACCCAAAGAUGCUAAUGAUUUUUCUAAUUAUCAGUUGUCACGUGUGAUGAGACGGAGUCAACUCUCACGUAAAUUAGGUGACGUUAGGAAGACUCUGAAUCGUAGCCAAUCAAAUUCACUGGGAAUACCUCAGGGAACAAACGUACAAGUUGAAGCUAAUCGUAUUUUAUCAACUGAAGAAAGAAGAUACAUAUUAAUACAGGGCACAGACUCUUUCAUUAGUAGUAGUACAAUGGAGGAAGCCACUGAUAGUCAGCAUAUUACGGAUACACCUGAUAUACAAGAGAGAUCUGAUGAUUUCACUACAGGCAAUGCUAGCCCACUUGAUACUCUUGUAGCUGCUAGUGAAAUGGGCUUUCAUUCUCCUGUAGCUGCUGAUGAAAUGAACGCUCCUACUGCUAGUAAUGUUGUCAAGAAUGUUGUUAGUCCUACAGCUGGUAAAAUGGACUCUCCUACAACUGAUGACGUGAGGAAUAGUCCUACAGCUGGUAAAGUGGGCUCUCCUAUAGUAGCUACUCCUCCUGUUACUGAGGCUGAUCCACCUGAACAUUAUGAUGCCAAAGAAGAUGAUACUGUUCACUUGUCUCGUGAUGCUUCUCAGACUGAUAUCAGUGAUUCUAAUGUUCUGCAGCAUUUACCAGUUGAGAAAUUAGCUAACAAUCAGACAAUCCUCAUCAACGAAUCAUCUUCUGAAUCAGAAAUUGAAUUUGAAGAGGUAAAAAUUGAUGAACCAUUGACUAUUAAUAAAGAAACAACAGAAGAAAAAAGAACGAAUUAUGACGAAAGAAUAGAAGAGAAGGAAGAGGAAAAGAGAGAGGAAGAGGAGAGAGGGAAGGAGGGAUCAGCCAUUAAUGAAGAAGAGAUGGUGGCUGCUGUGGAAGAUGCCAAAGAGCUAAUGGAGUUACCAACUAAAGAGAUGGAGGUGAGAAUAACAGAAGAACUGGAAAGUAUUAAUAAAGAAACAAAUAAGCAAGAAAGAAGAACUGCUGGCCUUACUACCAGCAUUAUCGAAGAGGCAAAGGAAUUGUUACGAUUAUUUGGUUUACCUUAUUUGGAAAGUCCCUCAGAAGCUGAAGCCCAGUGCUCUACUCUUGAGUCACUGUCUCUGACACAAGGAACCAUCACUGAUGAUAAUGACGUCUUUCUCUUUGGUGGCAUGAAUGUAUACAGGCACAUGUUCACUGGGUCUCACGAUGUCGAAUAUUACCGGAAUGCUGACAUUGAAACACUUCUCGGAUUAGAUAGAAAUAACUUAAUUAUAUUGGCAUAUUUAUUAGGAUGCGAUUAUACUGAUGGAAUAGAAGGUGUGGGUGUGGUCAAUGCUUUAGAGCUAGUUCAGUUCUUCAAAGGUGAAGGAUUGGAGCCGUUAAUAAAACUGAAACAGUGUAACAUUGACUGUAAUACAGUCAACAACUUGAAAGAAUCACCUCUACAAAAGAAAAUAAGGGGGCUGUCCUUCCCUGAUGAUUUCCCUAAUGUAUUGAUAAGGGAUCAGUACAUGAGACCAGCUGUUGAUGAUUCUAAGGAAACAUUUGAAUGGGGAACUGCUGAUUUAGAUCUCAUCAGAGAUUUUACUUUAGAUAAGUUUGGAUGGAGCAUAUCACACACUGACAAAUUAUUACUGCCUGUACUUAGAAGAGCUGUCAAAUCAAAAGAGACCCCGCCCACUGCCCCUCCCCUUCCUUUGCCUCCUUUUAGUGGAAGGGGACACAAGAGCAAGAGAUUAAGAGCUGCCAUAACUCGUUUGACCAGCAACGAAGAAGAAAGUACAAGCAAAGAGACAGGGAGGGGGAGAGGAAAGAGAGGGAGAGGGCAAUCAAGAAAAAGAAAGAUAUCGAAACUUGAUAUUGAGGAGAUAGAUGAUGAAGUAGUGUCAGUUAGUAAGAGAGGAAGAGGAGGGAAGAGAAAAAGACCAGCAGCAGCUCCUGUAGUCUCAGAAUCUUCAUCAUCAUCAUCAUCAAGUGAAGACUAAUAAGGCAUUAUUGAUAAAUAAAAUUAACAUCAUUAAUAUUAAUGUGAGUGUUUGUUUGUUAGUUUUUAGUUCAUUUAUAAUGUGUUUAUACCAUUCCA